ACUUGGUUGGUCUUUCGUCUCUGUUUCUUCUUUGACAACUUUUUAAAGCCUAAUGUCCCUUUCGGGCGGAUUUUUGUUUUUAAUACCUUCAGCAGCUACCUGGAAUUUUAAUCACGUUGUUUUCCCACCACUGUAGAACGUCACCCAACACUCUGGGCAACCGGGCUCUGAAGAGAAGUCACUGGUCUGUGGAGCAAGUCUCGCGAGAAGUUGACGAUCUCUCGCGUUAUUUCCUUGUUUCCAGAAUCCUUAGCGCGAGGCGGAAAAAUACUCAUUUAUCUCAGCUUCUGUUGACUAGCGCAUUUUUCGUUGCGGUUUCUUCUGUCGGCUUCCCUGUUGCUGUUUCUCCGAGUGAAAUGGCGGCCCCGGAGCAGCCGCUGCCAAUGUCGAGAGCAUGCCAGAGCUCUGUUUCGCUUUCUCCGCCGCGGGGCGACCGAACCCUUCUAGUGAGGCACCUGCCAGCCGAGCUGACCACUGAGGAGAAAGAGGACUUGCUGAAGUAUUUUGGAGCACAGUCGGUGCGCGUCCUGUCAGAUAAGGGGCGACUGAAACAUACAGCUUUUGCUACUUUCCCUAACGAAAAAGCAGCUAUAAAGGCAUUGACAAGACUCCAUCAGCUGAAACUUUUAGGUCAUACCUUAGUUGUUGAAUUUGCAAAAGAGCAAGAUCGAGUUCAUUCACCGUGUCCCUCUUCAAACACUGAAAAAAAGAAAAGGUUUGAUGACCCAGUGGAAGAUGAUAAAGAAAAGAAAGAACUUGGUUGUUUAACUAUAGAAAAUGGAAUUGCACCAAACCAUGGGCUGACUUUUCCUCUAAAUUCAUGCCUCAAGUACAUGUACCCACCACCUUCAAGCACAAUCCUAGCAAACAUAGUAAAUGCGUUGGCAAGUGUACCUAAGUUCUAUGUACAGGUACUUCAUCUUAUGAAUAAAAUGAAUUUGCCCACACCUUUUGGACCAAUUACUGCACGACCUCCCAUGUAUGAAGACUAUAUGCCAUUGCAUGCACCUCUUCCACCUACAUCUCCUCAGCCACCAGAGGAACCUCCUUUGCCAGAUGAGGAUGAGGAAUUAUCUAGUAAAGAAUCGGAAUAUGAAAGCAGUGAUGAUGAAGACCGACAGAGAAUGACCAAACUAAUGGAACUAGCAAAUCUUCAGCCUAAAAGACCAAAAACAAUAAAGCAGCGCCAUGUGAGAAAAAAGCGAAAAAUAAAGGAUUUGCUGAAUACAUCUAUAUCUGUUUCACACAGCAGUUUACAUCCAGUGCUAUUACCUUCGGAUGUAUUUGAUCAACCACAACCUGUAGGUAAUAAAAAAAUUGAAUUCCACAUAUCUACCGACAUGCCAGCUGUAUUUAAGAAAGAUUUAGAAGAGGAACAAAAUGGUGAAGAACAAAAUUGUGAUUUACCUGCUACUGGAGUUGAUGCAUCCAAUACAGGAUUUGGAAAAAUCUUCCCCAAACCUAAUUUGGACAUCACAGAAGAAAGUAAAGAAGACUCUGAUGAACUGCCAUCAGAAUGUAUUUCUAGAAGGGAGUUGGAAAAGGGCAGAAUUUCUAGAGAAGAAAUGGAAACACUUUCGGUUUUCAGAAGUUAUGAACCUGGUGAACCAAACUGUAGAAUUUAUGUAAAGAAUUUAGCUAAACAUGUUCAAGAAAAGGACCUUAAAUUUAUUUUUGGAAGAUAUGUUGACUUUUCAUCAGAAACACAACGAAUAAUGUUUGAUAUACGUUUGAUGAAAGAAGGUCGCAUGAAAGGACAAGCUUUCAUUGGACUUCCAAAUGAAAAAGCAGCAGCAAAAGCCUUAAAGGAAGCUAAUGGAUAUGUUCUUUUUGGAAAACCUAUGGUGGUUCAAUUUGCUCGAUCUGCUAGACCAAAACAAGAUUCUAAAGAAGGAAAAAGAAAGUGUUAAAAAUUAGUAAAGAAGCAUUCCUGCGUAAAUACUGCUGUAAUACUGUCAUACAAAGAGUAUCCUUUCUUGUUGUAUCCUUUUUGGGGCAGUGCUUUUUAUUUUUUGUUUUUCUUAGAAAUGUUUUGUCCCUCCCUCAUCCAUUGAUCCAG